AUGGUUUUCGAAACCUACUCGCCGUUUGCCAGCAACGUCAAGCUCAUUGAGAAGGUGGUAGCUGAAGUGAACAAGACGGACAGCAGUGACUCGAUCAACAUGUUCAGCACUCCUUCUUAUGGAUGGGACAUCUGGCUCUUCAAGGAACCCAACCGCGAGGUGCCCGAGUCGUCUUCGGAGGACAUCAGCGGAGGCGGUCGCCCGAUUGUGGGACGCAAUGCCGAAUACUACGCCAUCUUUGGCACAAGUACUUUUCCCGAUUCAGCAGUUUUGCCGACUUCGUUCGCUUACUCGCUCGACCGCCGCACUCCAAGAUACUCUGCUCCGAAGCCUAAGGUGCGCGUUCUGAAGAAGGAGUGCGUUUUCUGCAAGCGACUUGGCAAGCCCAACUAUGAUACGCACUGGCUGAAGACGAGCCAGAAUGUGGUCACUUGCCCGGAGCUUCGCAAGUACAAGUGCAACAUCUGUGGCUGCCAAGGAGGAGACGAUGCGCACACCUUUCGUUUUUGUCCAUUGAUCCGCACUCGUCUGGGCGAACAGUACCAAUGCGCGAAGAAUCAGCGACGAGUGUAG